CACACACACAACACACACACACACACACACACACACACACACACACACACACACACACACACUCCGACCCAGACAGCCCACUGCACUUUCCAGACGCCCACCUCCUACAUACUCCCCUCCCCUAAAGAGACAUUCACCCACUCACCAUCUGUAGCCUCCUUCCGCCCCCCGCCCCGCCCGCUUAGCCAGCUCCCCCUACCCAAGAAGCAGACCUACACAGUGGGAGGCAGGGACCCCCGCCAGACGCGCGGGUCGUGCGCGCCUCACUGACCUCGGCCCGCCCCGCCAGGAAACUAACAAAGACAGGCGCGAGCCCUGAGCCCGGGAGCGGCGAGCGGUGGCCGCGGGGCCGGCGUGCCUGGGCCGGGCCAAGCGAGCGCUAGAAGGGGCGCUGCUCUGGAGUCAGGAAGCCGCGGCGCCGGAGUACGUGGAUCUCUCGCCGCCGGUGCAGCUCGGAAGCCGCAGGCACCAUGGGCUGCUGCACCGGGCGAUGCUCGCUCAUUUGCCUUUGCGCUCUGCAGCUGCUCUCAGCAUUAGAGAGACAAAUCUUUGACUUCCUUGGCUUCCAGUGGGCACCUAUUCUUGGAAAUUUUCUACAUAUAAUAGUGGUCAUAUUGGGUUUGUUUGGAACUAUUCAGUACAGACCUCGAUACAUCAUGGUGUAUACAGUGUGGACUGCCCUCUGGAUCACCUGGAAUGUGUUCAUUAUCUGCUUUUAUUUGGAAGUAGGUGGCCUCUCUAAGGAUACAGAUCUGAUGACAUUCAACAUCUCUGUACAUCGGUCAUGGUGGAGGGAACAUGGACCUGGCUGUGUCCGGAGAGUCCUUCCUCCGUCGGCCCAUGGCAUGAUGGAUGAUUACACCUACGUUUCCGUCACAGGCUGCGUCCUGGACUUCCAGUACCUGGAGGUCAUCCACAGUGCCGUCCAAAUACUCCUCUCAUUGGUUGGCUUUGUGUAUGCCUGUUAUGUGAUCAGCAUUUCCAUGGAAGAAGAAGACACCUUUGAUUUCAUAGGUGGACUUGAUACACACUCCUACUACCAGGAUCAUGUUGAGUUAAAGCCUGUUAAACCUGUCGAAAUAAGUAAUGACAUUGACUCUGAAAUUCGGCUGCUGAACUUGACUUAGGGAACAAAGCACCACCGACAGCCAGCACUCUGUGGAUCCGACACCUGUCACCUUCCUUCCAGAGAUUGGACUGUGCCUCCCAGCUUUCCCACCAAUAGUGGAGUUCUUCGGUCACAGCCUGUGUAUUGUUAGCCUUGUUUGCUAGAUGAGUUCUAGGUGCUUGGGUGGGUAUUUUUUUAGUCAUUUUCUUCUUAUAUGAACACUUGUAAAUUGUAAAAAAAAAUGGUUUUUAAUUUUUUAACAAUAUUUAAUGUGAGCAUGCAAAAUGGGGGGGGAGGGAAUCUGUGAAGACUUCAUCAGUCAUUUCUAUGAGAAACAUCAGUGUGUGUUGUUAAGGUGUGAGAUCAGUGCUGCUGUUAUUCUAGGCCCGGUGGGUUUGCACUGGCAGACAUUGCCUGUGGUCAUCAAACACAAAGGCAGACCCUGUGACAGAUCCUACAUGGGUACAAUGAGUACCCAUGAGUACCCAAUGGGUCCAGCUUUCAGACUGAAUGUGGAUCAUUGUUUCAAUAUUAGAAGACGACACACAGAAUCCUCCCUAGCUCUCAAAUUCUCACAACCCAGAACAAACUUAUGGCUAUCUAAAUUUUCAGAACUCAUGUGUGAUACCUUGUUCUUCCUAUGUUAUAAAAAAUUAAUGUAUCAUGGCGGCACAUGAAAGGCUGAAGUGAUUUACGGAACCCCUUUCUCCUUUGGAGGGAGCAUGGGUGUCUCUAAGGUCCAUAUUUUCUACACUUUAUCCCCCUUCUAACACUUAUGUCAGACCUAAACACACAGCACGUGGGCUUGUGGGACAAAAAAUCACAGCCAUAAAUCUGCAAUCAGCUUUGCUUUGAGGAUAUUCAAAGGGAACGUUAAAAUACUAUGGAAUUCUUCCACAAGUACUUCUAAAGAAAAUAUUUAUGUUUGAGCUACAUCAACUUUUCUUUCUUCUACCCCAUCCCUAUAGCCAAGAAAAUCAUAUGGGAAAUGUUCCAAAAUCUUCUGUAGGGGAAGAAAAAGAACUGUUUUUGUUUUAAAUUGGUAUAGAAUUUACAUAUGGUAAAAUGCACUGAUAUUAAAGGUGCAAUUUGAUUCCUUCUGGAAUAUGUGCACCCCCGUGUAACUAAUGCCUCAGUCAAAACCAGAACAUUUUCAUCACUUUAGAAAAUUCCCUCAAUGCCCUCUUUUCAAUCAAUUGCCACAUUCCCAAACAUAGACCACAACUGUCCUCAUUUUCAUCAUUGGUUAAUUUUCUUAAUUGUAAUGUAUAUAUACCCUUCACAUUCUUUUUCUCCCUAUUCCUGAAUCACUAUUUUCUACAUGAAAAUAAGUUUCACUCACUUUGUACAACAACCAAAAUCAAGUUUCCCAUAAGUCACAAAGUUGUGCACUUGCACACUAUUAAGGACAGAGAUUGUUAACUUGGUCCAUGCAUCACUAAGACUGGUCUAUAAAUCACCUAAAGGCAUUGCAAAUUUUUGAAAGUGUGUUAAGGCUUUCUUCUCUUCCUCCUCCUACUUCUUCUGCUCACAGAUUUCAUGUGACUCUAUUAAGAAUCAGAAUCAGAACUUAAUGCAACAGACAUCACCCAGGUUCCUCCAAGUCCAUGAAAACCACAGGGGGCUUCAUAGAUGUUGAUUUAACUCCUGAGCCUGGAGAUUGUGCUCCUUUACUCAGAGGACCCUCAUUGUCUCUCAUCAUUUUUCAUUCCUACUAGAUGAAACCAGAUUCAAAAUAAAAAAGAGGAAGGAGGGACCUUGGAAAUGGUGAGAUCCAAGCCACUAUUCUUCAGUUGAAGGUGUUAAGGGUUUGGAGCUUUGGUAGACUUGUCCAGAGCCUUGUAUUUGUGCAGAGGGACAACAACUAUGGUAAAAGGAAAAGAACAUAAAGGACAAAAGUUGGGGUUUGGGUCCCUUUGGCAGCCUUUGACAUUUCAGCAUCUCUCAUUUAGAAAGUGGACCUAUGAGCUUAACAUCCCAAGGGUGUGGAUUUGACUGAAAAUGUUAAGAAUAUACCAUCAACUAUGAGACACUUCAUAAUUAAAAGAGGUAGUUGUUAUCCAUAGUGUCAGAGCAAUAUGUUGGGUCUGAAGCUCUUGUGACCCACUCAAGUUUAUUAAAAGCCCACAAAAACAACUAACUCUUCUGUUUUCUAAAAAGCCGUGAAAGCAUUUGCCUGUGUUUAAGCAGUGUGAAAUCAUGCAGAUUUUAAAUGGUAUUUUUAAUUAAAAAAAUAAACUUUAUAUUAAAAUUCCAAAACUAAUACAUAAUCUUAUUGAAAAAGCUAAUAAAACAUCAAAAGUGUAAAAAAUUAGUAAAAUAGGAUAAAAUUAAUACUUAAAUGCUCAAAGCUGCCAUUUCUUUACACUGUCACUACACACUCAAAACAAAAACAUAGUUAGCGGCCUGGGGUUGUGACUCAGUGUAGAUUACUUGCCUCACAUUAGUGGGGCGCUCAGCACCACAUAAAUAAAAUAAAGGUAUUGUGUCCAUCUACAACUAAACAUUAGAAAAGAAAUAUAGUUAGCAUUUCAUAAAAUAGUCUCACAUUGUCUUGUUUUUCUUGUCUCUUCAUGUGGAUUUGUGUUCUUCUAAGAUGCAUCUCAGAGUUCUAAACCUUGGCUAAUCACCAAUAACAGAUUUAAGGAGGAAAUCUUUAUGUUAGUGAUUUUUCUAGGAAUGUUAAAUCUAGGCAACUACGUACUAUAUGACAUGUAGAUGAAUCUUUCUUCACUUGAAGGUAUAACUGUUUCAAUCUCCAUCCCUAGUAAGGAUUGUUACUAAUCCACAAGGAUUAUUCUCAAAUUCUAGAAAAUUAGCAUCAUCUUCCACCUUCUCUCCUUUUUCUCUCACAGUGUCUCAUUUUUCUGGCUACUCUUUAGAGGCUCUGCUUACUUAUGAUAAAGAGAAUCGUAGACUUGGGCAGUAGCCCUCCACUUUCACCCACAAAUCUGCAUAAUUCCAACAUGGUACUACUUUGAUUGCUGUUCCCUGGUAACUGUCAUUUCAGUUCUUGCUUUUGCCUCCUAUCUUAGAGAAUCCACUCUGCACUGUGUGCCUAUCCAGUAGGGUUUUCAACAACGACUUGUUCACUAGAUGUGUGUUCUGGCCAGAUCUUGACUUUUCCAUGUGUAAUUGUGUAACUGGUCAGAGUAAGGGAAAAUGAAAGCAUUCCUUAGCCUGUAACUCUUCUGCCAGAAUCUUACCUACCAUCUUAAGAGAGGGCACAUCUUCAGGCUCAAGAGCUCUCCACAGAAGCAUCCCUGUUAAAGCAGGAUGUGGACAUCCACCACCCUUGAUCCCCUUGUGCUGAGCAGAACAUCAGAGAACAGCAGAACAGCAGAACAUCAUCUAGUGUUUCUUCCUCUCUGAGUUUCCUAGCAGUGAGUCUUGUAAACCUUGACCAACCCUCCUCAGGCUGUGCCUUCUAUCUUGUAUGAAUGAUUGAUCCUUCUUGAAGAGUUUUCUGCCAGCAGUGUGUCACACCACAAGAAGCUGGGAUGCUUUCAGUUUAACUUUUAUUUAAUGAAGCUUCUAGUCAUGUUUCAAAGCCAGAAAAAGCUAAGCAAGAGAGUUAUAGGGAGGGUUACAGAAUUCUCAGGGGACAGAAAAUACCUUGAUCAUGGGACAGUCCACAUCAGAGAAAUUGCAAGCAUCUCUUAGGAAAAUAUUUAAGCAAGUAUGUCCCCAGGAAUAUUAGCCUUCCUUCCACCUGCCAUAUAAAGUGAGAGAAUGUGUCCCUGACAUGUAUGUCUGUAUCUCUCCGAAUCUGGGAUGUAGUUUGUUCAUUUGUUUUGAAGACAAUGUGACAUCUUGCUUUAGAAAAAAUAUUGACUCUUUUUCCUUUUUUCCUUUAAAAAAUAAGCCCUUCUAUUCCUAUGGACCUAAAUAAGAGAAGCAGCCAGCUUCAAGUGGCUGAAGCUAACAAAACAUGGCAAGGCUGCCAUCUGUCUCACUUAAUGAAUGGGACACUCCUGAUUGAGUGGAAUUUGUCUUCAUUAGAACUAGCUAAAAUGUACAUUGCAGAGCUGAGGAAAACCAUCAUGACUCUGCUAAAUCAAGAGGAAAACAAAAAGCAAAAUUACUCUUUUCAAUCUUUGCAAAUUAUAAAGGGAUCUUGCCAAGAAUUAAAAAGACCUUUAUUUUCAACCUAAUUAAAAAAAAAUGAUGGUGUCCCCAAAAAAAUGUGGACUCACUGUGGUCUGAGAAUAUUCUGGCUGAUUAUUUUCUAAAGCAGUCACUUAUCAUUUCUGAGUUACUUUAAUAUGUAGCUAGCAGAAAUGUUAGAGUUGAUUAGAAUUCAAAUAUUCUAACUUGACAUUUUAGCCCAAGAUAAUACCUGCUUUCCUUCAAGAGGUAGCUGAAUUAAGUAGAAAAAAAUACAAAUAAUUGAUCUUCUAAACCGCAGCAACCUUAAAUGUCUGGGUUUUAAAUACACACACACACACACACACACACACACACACACACACACACCCUUUGCAUUUAAGAAUGGUCUGCAACUUUGUUUUAUUUUAUUUAUUUAUUUAUUUAUUUUGAUAGGAGGUAUGUUGAAGUAUCUACAAGCCAUGGUUAAAUAUUUGCAACAAAUAGGCCCACAACUUAAGGACAAAUUUUAAGUAUUAAAUGAAUGUAUUUCUUAUUUAAGGUCUCUCACAAAAAGAGAAAUUAUCAAAUAGUCCAAAUUCUGUGGGUGGCAUUUCUCUUUUCUGUCUAAAAAAGACAUUUCCAGAAAGUGGGUCAAAUUCCUUAAAUAUUGGUAUUUGUAGGGAAAAAAAUGGUGUCAGGUAAAAAUUUAAUCAUCUUCAUUGAACUUGCAAUCAUUUAAAGGUCAAGAAUUGUAUUAAAUGUGGAGCAUUUAAAAUGAAAUAUUCAAGGAAUCCAAAAUAUGCUUUGGCUUGAACUUGAGAUCCAAGUUAAGUAAAAAGAAUUUUUAAAAAACAAGAGAUAAAAAGAAAGCUGGCAGUGGGGAGAGGAAGGAAUAUGAGAAAAGAAAGAGAAGGAAAGGGAAUAGAGAGGAGGCAAGAGAAGAGUUCGGUACCCAAAGUCUUCCUGAUUUGGAUUUGGACAGUGUCAAUCACAGUUGUUUUUUUUUUUUUUGUUUUGUCUUGUUUUUUCUUGUUCCUUUGAUUAACUCAAAACAUUGAAUCAUUCUCCAUUUAAGGCAUGCUUUCCUUUUCCUCUUUGGAAUUGUUAAGAAACAGUUUAGCAAAACCUAGACUCUAUCUAGUUCUCAUAGAAUCUGCUUUGGCAGACAACCAACCUUGUCAGUCUGUGUUAGUGAGGAUUAAGUUUACUUACAGUAAGGGAAAAAAAAUACAGUUGCUUAAAUAAGAUGUCUCUUCCUCUUCAUAUUUCAGAAUUCUACAAUCAGCAAAGCACUAGAUGUGAGUUUCCUAGAGAUAUGGAUCCAGGAUCCCUCUUUUUUGCUUCAUCCUGGGGAGCCAUCAUUCUCCAGAUCAUAGCAUGAUUCAAAAUGGCUGUUGAAAUUCCAGCCAUUGCUUUUGUAUUCCAACCAAGGAGAAAGAAAAAGGGAAAAAAAAGAAGAAGGUUUCUUUCCUCUAAAGGCAUUUCUCAGAAUUUUCCCACACUACUUCUGCUUAUAUUGCAUUGCCCAAAACUUGGCGCACACCAAACUUUGUUGGAAAAAAAAAACUGGGAAAUAUGGUCUUUAUUUUUGAUGACCUUGUGCCAUAUAAAAUUUAGGGGCUUUAUUUCGUAGUAAAAAGGGUAAAAAUACAUAAAAUAAAUUAAUUCUUCCAUGGCCAUAACAGUUGAACUAUUUUUAUUUUAUCAGGCCCUUCUCUUUUGAAGGUACUACUUAUUUAAUAAUUUUGCAAGAAAUGAUUUUCGUGAGUAAAAUUGUUAGUUCUAUUCUCUUAACACCUGGCACCUUCCAUCUGGCAACCAUGACUAACUGACAAUUUAAACAAGAGUGGGCGACUUAUUUUUGUUGUGCACACACCUUCACACAAACUUCAAUACCAGAGUAGACCCUUUUCUAUGUGAUCAUAUUGUUAAAAUGUGCCAUGUGAUCCACUUCCUUAAAUGGAAAAUAGUAGAUGAAUAUUUUAGGAAGUGAAAGUUAAAAGAAAUAACAUGUCUAAUACAAUGUGCAAUUUCUCUAUGCGAUAAAAUGUUUGCAUUGAAAAAGGGACCUCAGUGAUUCCUUUACAGAUGAGGAGACUGAAGCUGGUAGUUGUAGUUGGUCUGCACCAUGUCCCAUCAGGUCUACCUUCUUCCAUGUACAUGGGUGUCCAACAGCUGUCCCUACUACACCAUACCUUUGCUGUUGACUAAUUUGAUGCCUUUGCUAUUUGUAAAGGCUCCUCUGGCUUCGCAUAUCCAGGCUGCAAGAAGUCACCUGCUGUGGGCUUCUUGGCCCUUGACAUUUCCUCUGCUUGGAUCUGAGUGUCAGAGAGUGCCCUUUACAAAAUACUUUAUAUGUGUUCUUGUUGACUUUGCUUAUUUUCAUCUCUGCAUGUAUUUUCUCAGGGGAAAUAAGAAAUCUGAGAGUUCAGAUCAUUGCUCUUUGCUUUCAAAAAAAUGGCUCAUUCCUCAUUCCUGCCCGUUGCCUUCUUUCUCUACUUUACACUUUGUGUUUAAACAUAAUUUGCAUGCCCCAGACAAGCCUCCUGAUCACUUCUUCCAGCCAGAAUGAAGAAACUUUACUUUUAACUGCUGGAUGUAAAACCCUUCUAAAGUUUUCUGUUUCUGGGGAAGUGAUUUUGCAAAUAAUUGCCUUCAGUCACUUUUUAAACUAUCUCAAAGUUUCAUUUCUUCUAAGUCUCUUUUAAAGAGGAUUGGCCUUUUCUCCUUCUGACUUCUUAAAUCUAUUUUAAACCUAAAACAGCAAGUCAUUGGAUAAAGUUUUAUAAAAUACUUUAUUAGGAUCAUCUAUCUAAUUUGAAACUCUGACCCUCACUAUAUCAAAUAUUACUACUGAAUUAAGGUAAUGAUAAUAUAAAUGGAGAUCAUUAUAUGUGUGAGUGCUAAUUGGUUUUCUGAUUCCUUCAUCAAUGCUUGCAUUCUAUUGUGUAGAAUACUUUUAUUAGUAUUGGGGACUGAGCCUAGGGACACUUUACCAUUGAGCUACAUCCCCAGUCCUUUUAUUUUAAGACAGGGUCUUGCUAAACUUCUGAGGCUGACCUUGAACUUGCAAUUCUCUUGUCUCAGCCUCCCAAAUUGUUAGAAUUAUGAGAAGCUGGACAUAAUCCCUGGACAAUGGAAUUAUGUAUAGAUUUUUUAUUUGUAUUGUCUAGGGUUUUCAUUAUUACUGUCAUUGUUUAAUCCAUUUAUUCAAUCAAUAUGUAUUAAUAUUUAUUUAGGUUCCUCCAUAACUUUCCAUUUUGCCAUGUUUCUAAAUAAGAAAAAAUGUUCUCUGGACAUUACAUUUUAAGCCAAAUAUAAUGUCCGAAGCAACAAGUUAAACAUCUCCAGAGAAUGGAAUUUGGGGCAAUUCUGUAGUGUACUUGUUUCUAUAGGACAAGUAAAGCUCAUUAAUUCCUUUUAUUGCUUCCAAACCACUUAGUAUAGUGGAUUUUUAAAAAUCAUUUGAUUAGUGUUGGACUUUCUGACACCACAGAAAAAGGCCAUUGAUUACAGAACUCAAAUUAUUUAAAUUUCUCCCCAAAAUCGAAACCACUUGGCCCUGCAUGAAGUUGUCUUUGUGCUCCUAGACCUUCAAUGUCUAGGCUUGAGGCACGUUGGUUCUGUUAAUCUUUGUCAAAAGGGAGGUUUGGGCAGUGGUUUCAGGGUGGGAUUAAGAAGACAAACUCUGUUUCUGUUUUAUUCUUUUCCCAUUUGUUUCGGGGCCCAUGGCCAUCAACCUUCCUUGAUUUUAUUCUGCCUGAGUCUCACAUUUCCCUAUCUGUAAACAUUGUGCUGCAUAAUAAUUACAACCUUUAAGAAAACGAAGAGUUUUCAUUAAAGUUUCCCUGAAAAUCGAAGAUGCCAUGUGACAGGUGCUGCUAGAAGGCCAGAGUAUUCUUAGCAUCAGUGAUAAUUGUAAUAAAAAAAAUGCCUCAUUUUCUUCUACACACAUAGGCAUUCCAUUUUUCAUCCCGUGUAACUCAAAGGAAAUGUGGGUGUUAACACUUCAAAAUAUUUUUGCAUCCUAGGGGGAACAUCUGAAGCAAAGAGAAUUAAUAUCAGCAGAGUUCCUAAAGCAAAAUGCCUAAUACAUUAGAAUAACAAAACUGUUUCUCAUCCUCUGGUUGUAACUUGUGAGAACUCCCACUGAGAACUUCUGCUCUGAAAACACUAAGGAUUUUUUGCCACUGUAGGUAAAAAUAAUAAUAAUAAUAUCCCAAAACUGGUCUUCUCCAUUGUACUUACCUUUCAAAGUUUUCUAAGACUUCCUGUAUAUAACAAGGACUCUGCUACCUGGCAAACUCAUCCAUCCACAACAGAACAAGAAUCAAAAAUCUAACAAAAAUGUCGUCUGACUAUCCCAAUAGAUUUCACAAAAUCCAUACCCUGAAACCCCUCAGUUUUAUUCAUAGGAAAACUCUUGCAGCUAUUAUUUAACUCCUAUUCAACUCUUAAUUGAUCCACAGUCCUAGUGUCUCAACUAUUUUAUUAAAAAUAAUUUUCAAGCCCAUACAGAUUAGAAGCAGAAAACAGGAAAGGGAGAUGCAAAGUAAAAUGAGCAAAAAUACAGAUAGUAAUUAUGCACACUAUUUCUAAAAGAACAGAGAGGAAAAACUAAUAUAAGAAUGAAAAUCACAGUCUUAUGGGGAUAUUUAAGGCAAAAAUAAAUAUACUUAACACAGCCUUAAGGCAGUGCUGUAUUGUUUUACAAAACAUUUUGUUCAUAUUAUGAUGAAUUCAAAUCAUUAAGUGAAAGAUUUAUUUGUGUUAGGAACAGAUACUACUUUCUGAAGAAACUUUUUUCCUAUCUUGAAAUUAUAUUAAUUAUUGAUUUUAUUUAAAUAAUAUAGUUUACUUUCAUCAGCUGGACAUUUUCUUCUGAUGACUAUACAUAUCUCAAUGACUACUGUGUGAAUGAAAAGCUUUCAAAUGUAGUAUUACUGCUUCCUGCAUUAUAUGUCCAACAAUAUGUGGUGACUAUAUGGUCAUUAUAGUCUUCUUACAUAGUUAGGUUAUGUCAACUUUGUUUUGGAAGACUCUUCUCCCAAAAUGAUUAAAGAAAAUGUGCUUAGGUAUUUAAGAGAGCAAAGAUCAGUAAUAACCCAGAUGUAGUCUAUGUGUACAUAGAAUAGGAGCCAGAGUACAGUAAGAAGCUAUCUCAGAGGGGAGGGGUGGGUACAUUUUCAAGAUUGUGGGCCCUGAUAACCAGUUCCCUGGAAUUUUCCCCUUUGAAAAAAAAUUUUUUUUCCACUUGGCAAUUACCAAAUUGUCUCUUCUGAUACAAUGCCCUGAUUUUUUUUUCAUUUGAAAGAUUUCAUAGUCCUGUGAAAUUUCACAGAAAAGGGAAAUGUUUACAGAAAACAUGGGUUUGGCAUGCUUUCUUCUGGGUUCCACAAGAUCUUGCCUACAUUCACCAAAACAAACUUGAUCCUGUCGGCAUUGGGUACUCUGUAGAUAGUAGCAUUUUAUAUCAAACUGGAACACGUUUCCUCUUCCUUUAUAGAUGUCUGACUUGCCCUGUGGUGUGUAAAACUGACAAUACCCAGGAGAUACUUUUGAUCUGGAAGUUUCACUGCAGGUAGUUACCAUACUAGCAUUUGGUAAACCAACCACAUGGGUAAGACAGGAUUCAACAAACUCCCAAGCUACACACAUGCCAGUGUCCACUGAUGGCAAGUUAUGUGUGUCACCUUUUUCUCUUAAAACAUCCCUGUGGAGCACCUCCUAUGCAUGAGGCACUGGACAGACACUAGAGAUAUAAUGCAAAAUAAUAACAGUCUUCCCACAGGGAGUUCACAGUCCAGUGGUGAAGAGCUCCAGGUCCUUGUGCGCUACACAACCUGGGCCCUGACUGGAGAUGCCACAAUUUUCCUUCUUCCAGAUUCUGAGCUCCUGCAAGCUGAGAAAGGAAGAAAGUCCAUUUGCAACAUUUCUUUGCUGUAUCCUUACACAUUCAAAAAAUACUUCAUGAGCAUCUGCUUUGUGCAAGAAGCCAGGGAAGCAAUAAAAACAAUCAAAUACACAGCUUUUACUUGAGAUGUUUCCAACAGAAAUCCAAGUCACUUAUAGUCAAUCUAUGCAUCACAAUUUCCUUGAGUUUAGUCUCUGCAACUGACACCUAUUCACUCUGAUCUAAAGUCUCUCUUGGCCCCUGACUACCCUGUUCUGGGCAGAUGGGUGCUGCAUGUGUUGCCGUGACUCUCUACUUAAGAGCAAAUGGACAAAAUAGGUCCUGUCAUUCAGAACCUGUCACCCAUGUCAAAGAGAAUCAAAGAAAGACCGAAGGGCCUCUAAAUUUGCAUUAAAGGUAGACAGUCUGAAGCUCCUAACAAUCAAAAACAGUUACGACCACUACUUGCUUCAUUGAUACCAACAUUUUCCUGUCAUAUCUGUGGUGAUCUGAGAGUAGUGCAUAGAUGGGUUGGUUAGUGUUACAUAAAACUCAGCACAGACAAUUGACAGUACAGGAACUCACUCAAGGAGCAAAAUCAGUGCUCAAAGGGGAAUUCCCAUGGAAUUAUGGCAUCAUCUCAAUCUAAAACAUAACUGUUUCAUUUUUAUUGCUUCUUUUAAACUUAUUAUUGUUGAAUACAAGAUAGCAAUACUCAAAUAGUGAGAAUGAUUCUAAGGCUCUUUUUCUUGCUGUGACCAACAGAAUAAAAGUGAAUUUGUUCUCAUAUUUAUAAUAUCAACUCUGCCAUCUUAUGGAAAAUACUGGAAGUAUCUAAAACAUUUCAUUAUGUUUCCAAGGCAAGGAUCUGCUGGUAAGAUGAUGGAAAGACCAAGACAUAACAACUUCUGUCUAUUUCUACAUGUUUUUAAACUCUUAACAUUUUUACCAACAGAAAUCAUUUUUUUAAAUCUUUCAAUCUUCAAUAAUGCUUAGAUUGCUUGCCAACCAAAAUGUCUCUCCAACUUGACACUGGAACUCCAUGUAAAACUCUUGAAUGAUAUUUUGUACUGAUAUGAAUUUCUACUGUCCCAUGACACUGUGUAGUGACUUCACUGUAUAUUAAUUUUUUUCUAUAGAUUCUUGAGCUACCAGAUGAAUUAAUUGAAGAAGACUGAAUCUUGUCAAAACUAUCCUAUAUGAUGUUGGUAGCCUGUAAAAAAAAAAAGAAUGUCUUUUUUUCUUAUAAAAAUUGGUAAUGAGACUUGUUUUCACAAUUACUUUUUACAUUUUUUGUGCAUAUAAUUCCUGUAUACUAUACUCAUAAUCUAAAGUGAGCAGAAAUUGUUAUUUAGUAGAAAAUACAUACAUUUUUAUGUCUCUCUGAACCCUUUGAUUCUGAGUAAAUUUACAAUAUGUUAGCAGUAAUAGACUAUUCUUUUCAACUAUGAAUAAAAAUGUACAUUGAAGUAGAA